CCCAUUUUCUGCGUUGACGGUGAUGUCAAGUGAGAAAAGGAUGCUGAGCGCAUCAUAGCCACCGCACCCACUAGGCAGAGUUUUUGGAAUCCCUCCUUCGUUAUUUACAUCUCUAGUCUUUAGGGCCCUCCAGUUGUGCUACAGGAUUGACGGCUUUAUGGAAGGAACAAGGAGAUAAUAGGCUACGUUGCAUUCAGCCGACAUGGAAUGUGCAUAUGCAACAGCACUUAGAAAUUCAUCGCUGAGUUAGCUAAACGUCCCUGCAUGAAACCAUGGCUAAGCAAUAUGAUGUUCUGUUCAGACUCUUGCUUCUUGGAGACACCGGAGUCGGAAAAACCUGUUUAUUAUGCAGAUUCACGGACAAUGAAUUUCACCCUUCACAUAUUUCCACAAUCGGUAUCGAUUUCAAAAUGAAAACCUUAAUGAUAGAUGGCGUCAAAGUAAGGAUACAGAUAUGGGACACAGCAGGCCAGGAGAGAUACCAGACUAUAACCAAACAGUACUACAGACGAGCACAGGGAAUCUUCCUGGUGUAUGACAUCACAAGCGAGCGGUCCUUUCAGCACAUAAUGAAGUGGGCCAGUGACGUGGAUGAGUAUGCUCCUGACACAGUGCAGAAGAUUCUGAUAGGGAACAAGUCAGAUGAGGAGCACAAGAGGCAGGUGGCUACAGAGCAGGGUACCAAGCUUGCCAAAGCCUAUGGAAUGGACUUCUAUGAGACAAGUGCCUUCACCAACCACAACAUCAAGGAGUCUUUCACACGACUGGCUGAGCUGGUCCUUCAGGCCAACUGGAAAGACCUGGAUGUACUGAGAGCAUCUGUGACGGACGAGCUCAAUAUCGCCGCCCUGGAGGAGGAAGAGGGCAUAGGCGAUGGCCAUGGAGACUCACAAAAAGCCUGCUGGUGUUAAACAAAACAGCAGAUGACAUCGCCUCCUCAUGCAUUCAAGGGUAGUUUUAUUUUCUUUACAGACAAACCUUUACAUUGACAUGAACAUUAUUAUCUCUCUGCAACGUGUCAAGAUUGAGGUCGGCAGGGUUUGGUGCCUUGAGCUUUCACUUGGACUCAGUGAACUGAAUGAACUGAGGUGCCUCUCCUGCGCUUACUGUGGGUCUCACUCAUAGCCAAUCGCACUGUGCCAUACCUAACGUAGCCCACUAGAGGGCGCCAUCUGCUUUCUAAUGGCUGUUUGGAAAUGAGGGAUGCCAAGGCUUUUCACUACAAGGAGAGAUGGGAUGUUCAAAUCCAGGGUACCUGUACAUGUGAUGUUCUGCGCAGUGGAUGUCAAAGGGAUGUUCAGGUAUCUGUAGCUGGUUCUUUAGAUAUUUUGCAAAUUUCUGUUUUCAGAAUCUCCGUUUCCCUGGAUAGUUCCACUGUGGUGUGCCAGCCUUUUCUGGACAAACUGUAUAGUAAAAAUGCUAUGAUUAAAAAUGUGAGGUUGUCUGUUGUGGUUCCAGCGGUAUGAAAUGCUCGUGAUUAAUGAGUACAAAGUCUUUAUGUCGCCACAAAACAAAAGGCAGAAGAAGAAGCUUUGACUUGAUGAGGUAAAAGUGAGUUUGCCGGCUAAUUUUCAGACGUGGUCUACAACACUGCAGUUUGUUUUGUGCAGUUUCUCGUUUCUCCAUGGCUGCUAAAUGAAGACGUUCAUUACCCUACUCAACUUCCUCAAUUGACAGUGUCACUGCGAAAUGUCACCAAUGGAAUGUUUUGAUCUCCACAUGCUUGUUGUUGCUGUUUGCAUCUUUGGCGUCAAUAAAAAUAAUGCAACUUGCUAA